CGAACUGAGUCAAGAAGAGAGAGAGAGAGAGAGAGAGAGAGAGAGAGAGAGAAGAUGCAGAAGGCGCAGUUGGAGUUGCCAGCGGGGUUCAGGUUCCACCCCACGGACGAAGAGCUGGUAAGCGAUUACUUGAUUCGCAAGUGCUCUUCGCUGCCCAUCUCCGCCCCCAUCAUUGCCGAGAUCGAUCUCUACAAGUUCGACCCUUGGGACCUUCCUGAAAUGGCUCUGUACGGCGAAAAAGAAUGGUACUUCUUUUCUCCGAGGGAUCGCAAGUACCCCAACGGGUCACGGCCGAACCGGGAAGCCGGAACUGGUUUUUGGAAGGCGACCGGAGCUGAUAAGCCGAUCGGCCGCCCAAAGACGCUCGGCAUAAAAAAGGCUCUGGUGUUUUAUGCCGCGAAAGCUUCGAAAGGAGUGAAGACUGAUUGGAUCAUGCACGAGUACCGCCUCGCCAAUGUCGAUAGAUCCGCCGGCAAGAGGAAGUCGAGGCUUGAUGACUGGGUUCUAUGCCGGAUAUACAACAAGAAGGGCACCAUAGAGAAGUAUUUCCCCAGAACGGAGACCAAGCCGCAGAUUGUUAUGCCAACGGCACUGAACUCAAACUUACCUCCCCAACACAGGCAUUCACCAACGUGCACGGAUCACAUGUACGUGGACUCGUCAGAGGCAGUGCCGAGGCUGCACACCAAUUCUAGCUGCUCGGAGCACGUGGUGUCCCCGGCCUUGGCGAGUGAGAAGGAAGUGCAGAGCGAGGCGAAGCAGGACGAUCGGGAGAAGGCCCUCAACCUCCAGUUCGGAUCGAUGGAUAACUUCUUGGACGAGGCGUUCAGGCAAGGACAGCUUCAGUUGGAUCAGUUCUUGGCUCUUCAGGAAAUGUCCAUCUACUUGCAGCCUUUUUGAAGACAAUAUCACGUGGAGCUACAGACUACAGUUAGUUCAAGGAUUUUGCUGGGAUUUGCCAGAUAGAGAGAAGUGUUGAUGUGCAUCUUACUAACCCAGUGGAAACAAGUUGCGGCGAUCUUGACGGGUCUGUGUUGGUUAGUUUAGUUAGUGUUAAGAAUUGCAAUACCUCUAAUCGUGUCCUGGACAUACCUCAUGAACGUCUCUAGGUAAAUUGUUUGCUGCAAGAUUGUAACAAAAUUAUUUCAAUAUUUUAUAUAGUGAAGAUUGAAAGGAAUUAGGUGGAUGGAAAACUAAAUGGAGGAAUAGAAUGAUAGAGACUGCAUAUUGCUUUCCCAUGUUGAAUAUAC